AUGACUCUCUUCGACGGUGUCUACCCCUUCUACCCACAGCAGAGGAAGGCUGCUGUGUUUGACAUCAGCACCAUCAUAGUCAUGGUGGUUUUCCUGACGCUGGCUUGCAGCUUCCUGCUCAUCACCCCGGGCAUCCGUGGGCGGGCGAGGCUGUACUGGACUCUCCGUGUUCUCCUCAGCCUCUUCGUGGGAAUGGUGAUUGUCUUGGUGCAGUUCACAGGGGACUGGGAGACUGGCUGGGUGCAGGCAAACACCUCCUACAAGUCCUUCAGCCCCGUGCAGGUGACCGUGGACGUCGGGCUGCACAUCGGCCUGGCAGGGGUGAACGUCACGCUCAGGGGAAACCCAGUGACCCAGAUCAACGAGACCAUCAACUACAACGAGCACUUUCCCUGGAGCUUUGGGGCGGAUUAUGAGCACAGCUACAGGCAGGGGCUGCAGAAGGGGCUGCCCAGCCCCAUCCUGUACGUGGCAGAGAAGUUCAGCAGGCAGAGCCCGUGUGCCGUGCACAGGCAGUACCGCAUCGCCGGCCACUACGCCUCAGCCCUGCUCUGGGUAGCCUUUUGCACGUGGGUCAUUUCCAACGUUCUGUUCUCCCUGCCUGUGCUGGUUUAUGGAGGAUACAUGUUCCUGCUCACGGGCGCCUUCGCCGUCUUCUCGCUGCUCUCCUUCUCCACCGUGAGGAACUCCCCCAUGUGCCUGAUCCAGAUUGGCACCAGCACCCUGCACGUGGCCUAUGGGGGAUCCUUCUGGCUCGUGCUGGCCAUUGGCCUGCUCUGCUUUGUGGUUGGAAUCACCAUCGUGGCAAUGCACCACCUCAACUUGGACCUGCUGAAAACUUUCUUUGAUCUCCGUGAGGACAAAGCAGAGGAGCACCAGGAGGAGCCUGGGGUGUUCAUCAACCCUUAUUUCAUGGACAAGGGCCUGUCUCCUCAGCCCUCUGCAAUCCACAGCAUCUAGAACAGAGUCCUCACUCUACCCCUGAGGAUGGACCAAAGGGGCAGAACAAAUUCCUCUUGAUGU